UUGUCUCCCAGAAACACUACUUAACGAAAUACUGCCGCAAAAGGGGCUCUCUCCCUCCCUCACUUGGUGAAACUAAGAGCUCCCAAUACUUGCAGGAUAUGGACCAGUUUAUCCUGAGCUCUGGUUUGGAUGAAAUGUGCAUUGGCGAAAAUGGAAGGAUUAGUCGAAAGAAACCCGAAAACGAGCAGACUGAAUCCAAUUUCAAGUCCAAGAAUCUCCACGCUGAGAGGAGGAGGAGGGAGAAGCUCAACGACAAGCUGCUGCGGUUGCGUGGCUUAGUCCCUAAAAUAACAAAUAUGAAGAAGGCAACCAUUGUGGACGAUGCAAUUGCGUAUAUUAGCGAGCUGCAACAUACUGUGGCCACUCUUCAGCACCAGCUUUUGGGUAUAGAAACUUCAUCUGCGGAGGGAACAGUACCAAAGAAAGACGGCAUACAUAUUCGUGCUGCAGAACGUAAUAAAGAGCUCUGGCUUCAGCCAGAUAUUACUGUGGCUCAAAUCUUUGAAAACAAACUUUGGAUAAAGGUGAUUUUUGAGAAGAAACCAGGUGGGUUUACUAAGCUGAUAGAGGCCUUAAGUGCUUUAGGCUUCGAAAUCACUGAUACCAAUUUAACAACCUUCAAAGGAGUAAUGCAAGUUACAUUAUGUCUACAGGGAUUUUCUCGUGAAUUGCUUGCCGUUGAAGAAAUUAAGGAACUGUUGCUUAAGGUUGUUAAUUAAGGCACAUACAAGAAUACAGACUGGAUAGAUGAUUAGGCAUGGCCAUGGGCUCUUAGCAUUAGAGGAAUGUUAUAAUCUAAAAUAAUAUUUUGUGAGGUAACAAUUAAGAAAAAUCGACACUAAUUCAUACAUUUAAACAUAUAUAAUUAUAAUGAAUGGGUUAUAGAAAGAAUAUUAUUUAUUUGGUGAA